AUGGCCAUGUCGGAACAUACAGGGUCCGGCCUGCCCUGGCUGGACCAACCCGUAAGGCUACAUUCCUCACGCCAUGACACCUGCAAACUUCGUCCAGACCAGUGCGUCUACCGCGCCGGCAGAUGGCGGUACUGGUAUGAGGCCGAUCAUGUCUACGCGCUGAGUACCAUCUACUUUCUCUGCGCCACCGUGGGGGUUUUCGCUGUGGGACAUCUCUUAUCCAAGUAUGCCCCGGACAGACUGCGACGGACGGGCCUAUGGCGUAGGGCGACGCUUGUCGCGCGGUAUCUGUCGUAUAAGUGCUUUCGUCUUCGUCUUCCUGCUGUCGCGUACUCCUCUCCGUCGCUGGGGGUAUUGCUAUUGGGUAUUGUGGGGGUCGCGUUCUUCUUUGCGAUGACACUGGGCCCGCAACCCUACUACUGGCCCAAGCUCGAGUCAGGCUCCUACGGCUCCAGUCCGCCGAUAGCAACGCGGACUGGAUGGAUGGCUUUAGGGUUGCUGCCUUUUGUAUUAGCCCUGGGCACCAAAGCCAACCUCAUCUCGGCAUUGACUGGAGUGUCUCAUGAGAAACUCCAAGUCUUCCACCACUGGACCAGCUACGCCAUGUUUGUCCUCGCCCUGGUGCACACCUUCCCUUACAUCAUUUACCACAUUGAUAAAGGGGAUAUGGUCAAGAAAUGGGACACGGACAUUGUCUACUGGACGGGCGUGGCGGCCAUCAUUCCCCAGGCGUAUCUGACCUUCAUGUCGAUUCCGGCCAUUCGAAAUCGCUACUACGAAUUCUUCAAAGCCACCCAUUUUCUGGCCGCCAUUCUCUUCGUUGUAUUCUUCUUCUUCCACUGCGAUUUCCGCCUAUCAUCAUGGGACUACUUCAUCGCAGCCGGCGCAAUCUACCUCACCAGUCAGUGCGCAUCCCUCGCAAAAACACACUUCACAAACGGACGCCAUGCAGCCCACAUGGAGCUCCUCCGCUGCGGACUCAUCCGCGUGCGCAUCCCCACAACAACCAUGUCCUGGCACCCAGGUCAACACAUCUUCAUCCGCUUCCUGAACCCCCGUCUCGGGCUACACUGCCUAACAGCCCACCCCUUCACGAUCUGCACGCUCUCCCACACCGCCGAAAAGCUCGGCCACUCUCCGGAGAUCAUCUUCUACAUCAAACCCCGCCGCGGCAUCACCGGCCGCAUGGCCCGUCUCGCCGCUACGAACCCCAACUCGUCCUCUACCGUUUUGCUUGAAGGGCCUUACGGCGGUAUCUUCCAUGCUGGUGCAAUGAACCACUUCGAUAAUAUCCUCGUUAUCGCUGGUGGCUCUGGCGGGGGUUUCUCCCUCGGUGUGGUGGAAGAAGCCUUGCGCGCGGGCACAGGCCCGCACACUGGGGACCCCAGCCAUCACCAUAACCAGCACAUCCACGUCAUUCUAGCGACGCGGUCCCGCGAAAUGGCAACCUGGUACAGGCAGGAAAUCGCGCAGCGUGUCGUCUCCCAUACGGCUGAUAUGUCCGGCAAACACCUUACCAUCUCGAUCCACAUUACGGCCGACAGCCAAGUCGAGCUCAAAGCAGGAAGCGACAAGCACCUCAUUCUCGAUCCAGACGAGAACCCUACCACUGCCACUCAAGACAAAGAACCCGGUAACACCCCACAGAAAGAUACCAACACGCUCGAACCGACAACCCCCAACACCAGCCCCAGCCUUACCCAGCAAGACGAUGAUGAUGACGAUGACGACCUACCACACAUGACAACCACCCUAAUAUACGGCCGGCCUACCCUGAAAGGAAUCCUAUCCGACGAGUCCUCCGCCAUCGACGCACCCAAAACAGACCACACCACUAGCGGUAGCAGCGGGAAAAGAAAAGUGGGCGUCUUCGUGUGCGGCCCGGCGUCGAUGGUGCACGAUGUGCGGGAUGCGGCGGCUGAUGCGCAGACGCGAAUAUUAAGGGGAGAUAGUGGUGUUGGGGAGGUGUAUUUGCAUACGGAGCCAUUUGCGUAA